CCCUCUCAGGUCUCUUUCUUCUCCCACAAUGGCGGCUGCGACGCUCCGCUCCGUACUCCGCCGCAAUCGCCUCCUGCCCUUGUUCGAAACCUGCCACCUUCGAGAUCGCCUCUUCUUCUCCUCCUCUGACGUCGCUGCCGCCGUCACCGUAUGCGGCACCAUGUCUCCAGAUCCCCACUUCAUGGUGGAAUACCUCGUCAACUCCUGUGGGUUCUCCCCCUCCGAGGCAGCCAAGUUCUCUAAACCCCUUGCGCGCCUCCGAUCCACCGAGAAACCCGACGCCGUCGUUAACUUCAUGAGAUCUCGGGGCUUCGAUGGCGCCGGUAUCAGGAAGGUGAUAUCUCGGAAUCCCAGUCACCUAUGCGUGAACGUGGAGAAGAACUUGGCCCCGAAGUUUCAGUUCUUACGCGAUUUGGGCCUAUCGGAGUCGGAUAUCGUCGAUGUCAUCCUGAAGGACAGUGCCAUCCUCCGCCUCGACGUUCACCGUUCCUUCGUCCCCAAAUUGCAGAUGUGGGAAAGUCUCUUGGGAUCGAAAGAACUCGUUCUCAAGCAUCUCAAGAAGAGAAUGUGGUUUCUCAGCUUCAGCCUUGAGAAGAGGAUGCAUCCUAACCUAAAGUUCUUAAGGGAUGAGUGCGGUAUCCCUGAAGAAAGGGUAUCUUCCGUCUUGAGAACUGACCCAACUCUUAUCUUACUGAAACCAGAGUCACUCCGGGCUUUGGUUGUGAGAGCCGAGGAACUUGGGAUGCCCCGACACUCUCAAAAGUUCAUGUCGAUCCUUAAAUCUCUCCACAUGAUAAGCAAAGAAACACUCGAGGCAAAGGUUGAGCUCCUGAGGAGCUUCGGGUGGUCGGAGUCCGAGUUUUUUUCUGCAUUCAAGAAGUUACCGAGCAUAUUAUCCAUUUCGCUGGAGUCGUUUCGUAGAAAAAUGGAAUUUUUAAUCAGUGUAGUCGGGUAUACCCCUUCCUUCAUCGCCUCCCAACCAAUUAUCUUGCUAUAUGGUCUGCAGAAGAGGGUCAUUCCUCGGUUUCGUGUUUUGGAGAUGUUGAAUACGAAAGGCUUGUGGACUCGACGAGGCAAGUUUUUGUCCUAUGUGAAAUUAUCAAAUGCAAAAUUCCGGGAGAAGAUUGUUCUACCUUACAAAGAAAAGGUUCCUGAGCUUCUUGAUAUUUUGAGAGCAGGAGAUGAGCAGUGAUUCGGCACCUUUUUCCUUGACAACGAGCUCUCUUACAUCAACCACCAGUCUUGGCUACUGAGGUGCAGUCCAGUGAAAGAAUUAUUCCUUUGGUGUCAUAUGGUAGUAAUGUUGUAAUUGGAAGGUCUAUGCAGUGGCCAACACAAAAUGUCUUCCAGUUUUACUCAUUAAGGUUCAUGGAAAAGUCUCUUCUUUUUUGCAAAGAAGAAAUCCCUGGAUGCUUGUUCA